AUGGAAGCCUAUCUUGAAGUAGGUGAUUUGUGGGAAGCUGUUGAAGAUGUGUACAAAGUCGAACCCUUGCCGGACAAUCCAACGGUUGCUCAAAUCAAAAAUCACAAAGAAAGGAAGCAGAGAAAGUCAAAAGCAAAAGCAAAUUUGCUUACAGCAGUUUCAUCCACCAUUGUAGCCAGAAUAAUGGCACUUAAAACAGCCAAUCAGAUUUGGGAUUUUUUUAAACAAGAGUAUGAAGGAAAUGAAAAGGUUAAAGGCAUGCAGGUGCUGAAUUUUAUCCGAGAAUUUGAGAUGCAGAGAAUGAAGGAAUUAGAAACGAUUAAGGAAUACUCUGAUAGGCUUCUAGGCAUAGUCAAUAAUGUAAGGCUCCUAGGUACUGAAUUUUUAGACGCUAGAAUUGUUCAAAAAAUUCUAGUCAUAAUACCAGAAAAGUUUGAAGCCAUAAUUGCAUCUCUGGAGAAUUCAAGGAAUUUGUCAAGCAUUACAUUGGCAGAAUUGUUGAAUGCACUACAAGCACAAGAACAAAGGAGGCUUAUGAGGCAAGAAGGGUCUGUUGAGGGUGUUUUUCAGGCCAGAUCACAGAAUUACAAAGGAGGCAAAAAUAACAAGAAGAAGCAGAGCAACAACAAAAAUGGCCAAAGCAGUAAGACACGUGUCUUUUCACCUUGUCCUUAUUGCAAAAAUAAUAAUCACCCACACAACAAGUGUUGGUGGAGACCAGACAUAAAAUGCCACAAGUGUGGUCAAUUAGGACAUGUGGAAAGAAUAUGCAAGACUUAA